CCGGUGCGUCGGGGACUCGGGACGCCUCGGGCUGGGGAGCGCAGACCAGCCAUGGCCACCACCAACGGGGCUGUGGAAAACGGACAGCCGGAUGGGAAACCGCCUGCCCUGCCGCGCCCCAUCCGCAACUUGGAGGUGAAGUUCACCAAGAUAUUUAUCAACAACGACUGGCACGGAUCCAAGAGUGGAAAAAAGUUUGCCACAUACAACCCUUCGACUCUGGAGAAAAUCUGCGAGGUGGAAGAAGGCGAUAAGCCCGACGUGGACAAGGCCGUGGAGGCCGCACAAGCCGCCUUCCAGCGGGGCUCCCCAUGGCGCCAGCUGGAUGCCCUGAGGCGAGGCCAGCUGCUACACCAACUGGCUGAUCUUGUGGAAAGGGAUCGUGCCAUCCUGGCCACCCUGGAGACCAUGGACACCGGCAAGCCAUUCCUUCACGCCUUUUUCAUGGACCUGGAGGGCUGUAUUAAGACCUUCAGAUAUUUUGCCGGGUGGGCAGACAAAAUCCAGGGCAGGACCAUCCCCACAGAUAACAAUGUUGUGUGCUUUACCAGGCAUGAGCCCAUUGGGGUGUGUGGAGCCAUUACGCCGUGGAACUUCCCCCUGCUGAUGCUGGCCUGGAAACUGGCUCCUGCCCUGUGCUGCGGGAACACCGUGGUCCUGAAGCCAGCUGAGCAGACACCCCUCACCGCCCUGUACCUUGGCUCUCUCAUCAAAGAGGUCGGGUUCCCUCCGGGCGUGGUGAACAUCGUGCCAGGCUUUGGGCCCACAGUGGGAGCAGCAAUCUCCUCUCAUCCACAGAUCAACAAGAUAGCCUUCACGGGGUCCACAGAGGUUGGAAAGCUGGUUAAAGAAGCCGCCUCCCGGAGCAACCUGAAGCGGGUCACGCUGGAGCUGGGGGGCAAGAACCCAUGCAUCGUGUGCGCCGACGCUGACCUGGACUUGGCCGUGGAGUGUGCUCACCAGGGAGUGUUCUUCAACCAAGGCCAGUGCUGCACGGCGGCCUCCAGGGUGUUCGUGGAAGAGCAAAUCUACGGAGAGUUUGUGAGGAGGAGUGUGGAGUACGCCAAGAAGAGGCCAGUUGGAGACCCCUUUGAUGCCAAAACGGAGCAGGGGCCCCAGAUCGAUCAAAAGCAGUUUGACAAAAUCCUCGAGCUGAUCGAGAGUGGGAAGAAAGAAGGGGCCAAGCUAGAAUGUGGGGGGUCAGCCAUGGAGGACAGAGGGUUGUUCAUCAAACCCACUGUCUUUUCAGAUGUUACCGACAACAUGAGGAUUGCCAAAGAGGAGAUUUUUGGGCCAGUGCAGCCAAUACUGAAGUUCAAAAAUCUCGAAGAAGUGAUCAAAAGAGCAAACAGCACUGACUACGGACUCACGGCAGCAGUGUUCACCAAAAACCUCGACAAAGCCCUGAAGCUGGCUUCGGCGCUGGAGUCGGGCACAGUCUGGGUCAACUGCUACAAUGCGUUCUACACACAGGCUCCGUUUGGUGGCUUCAAGAUGUCUGGAAAUGGCAGAGAACUAGGUGAAUAUGCUCUGGCGGAGUAUACAGAAGUAAAAACUGUCACCAUCAAACUCGAUGACAAGAACCCCUGAAGGGCAGACCGGUCUCCUCCUCAAAAGCUGGACAGCUGUCC